AUGAUCUGGUUCAGUCGGCAGCGACUGGGUGGAGGAGUCGGAAGACGGUUGUGCAUGCCAAUUUACAGUGGAAGUAGCGACAGCGCUUUUAAGGAUAAAUAUUUUGUUUUAAAAAAAAUAAAUCAUAAGUAUGAAAAUGUUUUACUCUUUGGGGACGUUAAAAAGUUAAGGGACACAGCAGUGGAGCUUAUAAAAGGUAUCUCCUCAUCAGAAGAUAACAGGAACGAGGGGUAUGCAAAUUUGAAAAUAAAAAGAUAUAUAAGUAGUGAGGAGAAGAAGGCGAGAGAGUUGGAGGAUGACAUGGAAGGGGACCCUGACAGUGCUGCGGAUAAUAAUCACUUAAUGUACAGCAAUGCAGAUGUUGUACAAAAUGCCCCUUCCAAGGAUAGGAACCCCAAAAUGGCGAAGAAAUUGUCCUUUUGGCAGAUAUACAGUAUGCGGGUUAAAAAAAGUCUCCACCUGCUUCGCCCUAACGAUUUUUCCCUAAUUCUUCAGUCUUUUCAUUUGUACAACAAGGACACAGGGGUUUACGUGUCAAGCGUGAAACAUAUUGAGGGACAAAUUCCAGAGAUGAAUGGAGUUUCCUUUUGCGAGAUUGAAAAAAAUAAUUAUAACGAUUUUUUUAAAAAAAUGAUGAAUUACUUGCCAAAUGUUAUGUACGAACUGAAUGUACGAGACAUGAACAACAUCCUGAGUUGUUUCCACAAUUUAGAAUUAAGUGACACAAGAAUAUGUGACAUUUUUUAUCAGAAAAUUUUAUCAAAUUUGAACAGAGUGGAAGACACAUUCACGUUGUCAUCUCUGUGUUACAUUUUUUACAAAUACAAUUUUGAAAACCAGUAUUUUUUUGAGUGCCUCAAAAGACGGGGGUUACUUUUGCUGGACAAUUUUGACGCGGGGCAGUUUUACAAAUUUGUCUUUUCGUUACAUAAUAAGAAUAUUUGUUUGAAAGAAAUAGUGGAUAAAAAGAAAAAUGACGUGCUCGCUUUUUUGUCUGACUAUAAUGAUGAGCAGAGAUUAUUUAUGGGUGAAAUUUUUGGUAUAAAAUGA